AGAUUUCAAUGUCGCACCUAUGGCUUGCUUGGUACAUCCGAGUUUGAUCUUGACGUGGAACCUGAUUCUGCACGUCAACAUCAUGAGGAGUUCAACUUUAGUGAGGUUUUUGUGCACCAAAUGAUACACUCGAUCGAGUUUGUUCUGGGUGCUGUCUCGAACAUGGCAUCGUAUCUUCGACUUUGGGCUUUGAGCUUGGCGCACUCUGAAUUAUCAACUGUUUUCUACGAGAAAGUCCUACUACUUGCAUGGGGGUACGACAGCUUCAUCAUUCGAUUAAUUGGGCUCGCGGUGUUUGCUUUCGCAACUGCUUUCAUACUUCUCAUGAUGGAGACCCUCAGUGCUUUCCUUCACGCCCUGCGUCUUCACUGGGUGGAAUUUCAAAACAAAUUCUACCACGGUGAUGGGUACAAGUUCAAACCUUUCUCAUUUGCUUUGUUAACAGACGACAACGAUUACUUAAACUAAACCAU